AUGGCAUCGGUCGGGCACCCCUUGAGGAGAGAUCCCUUCGCUGGUGACAAUCGCGACUUCAAACCGAGCUUGCACAAGCAACUACCCAUCCUACCUUCCGCUACCGUCCCUGGACGAGGGGAGCCAAUGGACGUCAGUCACUCACAACCGUCCUCCAUGGGGCCACCGGCUACGACCAGUCCCAAUGGAGAACGAGGAGAGCAGCAGCAGCAGCAGCAGCAGCAGCAGCAGCAGCAGCAGCAGCGCGAUGGUCAAAAUGAUUCCUCUAAUGGGUCAUCCUCUCACCCCGUGGGAGCCGCCGCUGCAGCGCAACAGCCCAAGGUCGUCCAGACUGCCUUCAUUCACAAGCUCUACAAGUACGCAUUUCAUCGCGCGCCGUUUCCCACACCAACCUCAACGUUGCUGACUUCAGACCAGCAUGCUUGAGGACCAGAGCAUCCAACAUCUGAUCUCGUGGUCCAGCACCAAUGAAAGCUUCGUCAUGUCGCCAUCCUCCGAAUUCUCCAAGGUCUUAGCGUGAGUUCAUGAAAGCUUAUUCCACGCGGACUUCCUUGGGGCUAAUCUGGUUAGACAAUAUUUCAAGCAUACCAAUAUUUCUUCCUUCGUACGGCAAUUAAACAUGUAUGGAUUUCACAAAGGUGUGUAUCAUGUCAAAGGUCCUGCGUGCAGUUGCUGAGUCGUCGAACAGUAAGCGACGUCUUCCACACGGGUUCGCCAGAUUCUCCACUCUGGGAAUUCAAACAUGGUGCCGGCAACUUCAAGCGUGGUGACCUCGUUGGCCUACGAGAGAUCAAGAGGAGAGCCUCGAGACAUGCUCUCAUCCACCGCGACUCUUUCUCCAGUGCCCCAAAACUCCCUACUCCUCAGCCGCCGGGAACCCCAAUGGAGCCCGUCCCGGAGCCUGGUUCUGUAGAGGCACGUCUCAAUGCGUUGGAGUGGAAUUACCACGACAUCCAUUCCCGGCUGUUACGCACCGAAGAAGCGUACUCGGCCAUGAGUGCCAAGUGCCACAUACUGUUGGAAGGGCUGAACCGUUGCCAUCAAUGGAGCAGCGAUCUCUCCUCCCACCUGCUCACAAUGGUUCCAGACCACAACAAUCCGAUCCAUCGCGACCUCGAUGCCAUGCGCCAGGACAUCAGUCGACAGAUUGAUGUACUUCGCUCUGCCGAGGAGCCCCGCGACCCUCUAUUCGCACACCGGCCGUCGUUCUUCCAGCCCAACAAUGGCCCGAUGGAGCCAGCCAUGUCCAUGUCGCCACGCCAGCGUCCGUUUGAUGAAUCUCGGCGACCUUCUUUGCAAGGCCUCCCUGGUCUUUCACGACCUCCUGGCGUGCGCGCUCCGGUACCAGCUUACCUCCAGGCUUCUCCUCGUCGCUACGGCUCCAUUAGUACUGGAAGUGGCGCGUAUUCGCCUUCGCGGCCUGCUUAUUCCACACAAGCUCCUCCACCUCAGCAGCCGCAACCGCAGCACCCACUCGCAAAUAUGACUUCUCCCCCUUCCAGUCUUCCGCGACGUCAUACGUCUGCAGACAUUCGCCUGGAAGGCUGGGAGGGCGGACUGCCUCCACAGCCCCAGCACCAGCAGGGCACUUCUCCCUAUGCUUCUGGUCAAUCAUCGUCCGCUUGGCCCUCUUCCCCUCGUGCUCCAGCGAACCCUGGUGACCAGCAGAUAAGAGACGCUCUAGCUCAAUACGAACUGCCACGUGCAACUCAUGGUGGCUCCAGGGGUCAAUCGCCUGCACCGCACGACCCCGCUCCGCCUACCUUCACCAACAGCUUUGGAGGCAGCUAUGCAAACAGCAACGAUUCUGGCUGGCAGUUACCCGGCGCUCGUUUCCCUUUCAAGGGGCUAGAAGCCCCCGGAUCAGCCACGAGACGCAGUAGUAUGGCAAGCAAUGUUCACUCCCUGCUCAACCCGGCCGACACCGCUGAGCGCGAGGGAGAGGACGAGGGUGGACCGGAUGACCGCAAAAGGAAACGAUUGCUAUGA